CGUCGGGCCUGCGUCGCCCAGUCUGUUGCUCCCGCCCCCCCGAGGUCCGUCAUGGCGAUCGUGGUGCAAGCCAAGCCGUCUAUGAACCGUCCAAUCCAAGUGAAGCCGGCCGACAGCGAGAACAGGGGAGAGGACCGCAAGCUGUUCGUGGGCAUGCUGAGCAAGCAGCAGACGGAGGACGACGUGCGCCAGCUUUUCCAGUCCUACGGCACGAUAGAGGAGUGCACGAUACUCCGGGGCCCCGACGGCCAGAGCAAAGGUUGUGCAUUUGUCAAGUUCAGCGCCCACACCGAAGCCCAGGCAGCCAUCAACGCCCUGCACGGUAGCCAAACAAUGCCGGGGGCGUCGUCUAGCCUAGUUGUGAAGUUCGCGGACACGGAGAAAGAGCGGCAGCUGCGGCGGAUGCAGCAGAUGGCAGGCAACAUGGGCCUCCUCAACCCGUUCAUCUUCAACCAGUUCGGGGCCUACGGAGCGUACGCCCAGGCGUUUGACGGAGUCACUGAUCUCUCACAACAGGAGCAGUUGCCAGCCAGCACCGGGGAACAAGCGCAGUAUCUUCCGCAUGUCGGACGAGCCCUGUACCACACUGCGACGUUCAUGCAGCAGCAGGCGGCGCUGAUGGCGGCUGCCCAGGGAGGCUACAUCAACCCGAUGGCAGCCCUGGCGGCAGCGCAGAUACCGCAGAUCGGAGCCAUGCCCAACGGACUCGGGAGCCCCGCCCUCACGCCCACCUCGGGUGCCACCACCCAUCCGGUCAACGGAGCGCUUCCCUCACCCACAGUCACCAGUUUCACCGUGGCUCAAGCCAAUGGCCAGACAGGAGAAGUCUACACGAACGGCAUGCCUCACUACCCACUGCAUUCCGGUCCUCCUGACGCCGUUCGAGUGAUAUUACAGGAGUUGCCUAGUCAUCUUCACACAGAAGCUCAAGCGAUUCAGAAUGGGGACGCCCUCCAGCCGGCUGCCUACCCGACGCUGCAGCCUUACCCCGGGAUUCCCGCCUAUCCUGCUGCAUACGGCCAAUUUGCUCAGGCACUCACGCAACAGCCGACGGUGGUUCCCCAGACGCAGAGAGAAGGUCCCGAGGGCUGCAACCUGUUUAUCUACCACCUGCCCCAGGAGUUUGGAGACGCCGAGCUCAUGCAGAUGUUCAUGCCUUUCGGCAACGUCAUUAGCGCCAAGGUUUUCAUCGACCGCGCUACAAACCAAAGCAAGUGCUUCGGCUUCGUGAGCUUCGACAACCCGGCCAGCGCCCAGGCGGCGAUCCAGGCCAUGAAUGGCUUCCAAAUCGGAAUGAAACGCCUCAAAGUUCAACUCAAGCGUCCGAAAGACGCCAACAGGCCCUACUAAGCAUCCUAUCAGCGCGGGUGUUUGUUUACGAGUCUAUAUAUCUAUGAGAACCCUCAUAUUUGUAUAGACCUGUAUGCAGACACGAUUGCCUUAACGAGAUUGGGCUGGCGGCAGCUCUUCCCUCACACAGUGCCUCCUCGGUUAACACGAUGGCCUUUUCGCACCAGUGUGAUGCUUCCGAAGAAGAUGGCGGCGACCUCCCGACUUACAAGGGGCGAGGCAAACUUAGCUAGUGUAAUUCUGUAAGAUAGCGCCAGAUGGAAAAUAGUGCAGAAAUAGGAACAGCGCUACAGAUGCACUUAGGCAGCGAAAGGAGAGAAACGAUGCUUGAGGGCUCAAGUGAUGUCCUUUCGGCUUAUCUCGAGAGCUUCUAAGGUUAUUAUCAGGAACACGUUACAAGUAGUAGACGAGUUAGCCAGUAGGCGUAGUAGUCACCCGAACCAUGCCUUUACACAGUGUAUAAGCUUUUACUAAGGUUUACUAUAACAGCGAGCCUAGGGCGUGUAGCUGAGAAGUGUCGAGGUGUUCUUAUUCCAGAUUACGAGCGCAGCUUGAACCCCAGCGGUCGGCCCGGCGUUCGAUUCGCGUCGGCUGCCCUCGGCGGCCUCUUGCCGGAGAGGCGGCCCUGCGGCCGGGCGGACGUCGAGAGCCAUAUCAGUAUCCCCGGCAAACGCCGCUCCACGCAGCCAUCCAGAACGCCGCCGAGGACGUGCCGUGAUUGUGCCAUUUUCUAGACUCCUGGAGCUGCCCCCGGAGCCCCCUGCGGACACACGCACGGACGCAGACGUUGUUACCCACGUCCGACUGAGCUGAUUAGCGCUAGAUCUGUAGACUUAGACUCGUGUACAUAAUAACUACACAGCGGUAUAUACAUGCAUUCUGUAACGAUAUAUGAAAUAUAUGAAAUAUAUAAAUAUAUAUAUAUAUAUACAGACGCCAGAGGAUCUAAGAUGAGAGCUAAAGUUUUCGUAAGGUUACACGCCCACUGGGGGCGUGACUGUUUGUAGAGACUGACUAUUUUUGAUCACACGUGAGUUUUUGAGAUGAUGCCGUGAUCGAGAGAAUAUGCGUUCUUGGGGACAUGUUUCCUGCUUCGACUCGGAGGUCUUUUCUGUACUGCUCUCAGGUAGAGCAGACGGCAGCCUUGCGUUUCAUCGUACAGCUCUUAUUUGUUUCGUUUACGUGAAAUUUUUGUUUUCAAAGUGCUGUCCUUCUGUCCGACUUGCAUCUGUUCAGUACUACUAUUACUUUCUCGCGUUUGGACUGAGCCGCGUUGGGUACGAACUGUGUUAUGCAGAUCUACAGGGUAAAUACAAAAAAAAAACAUGUACCUUCCCGUUUUGCGAUUUCCAUGUCUUUCCUUAUUCAGACAGAUAUAUAACCAACCAUCUCAGCAGACGGUUAAGCGUAGAACGUGCUUCUCCUCCUCUCCCCCACGACAUCUCAGAUCUUCUGCCUUACACACUCACGCCAUUGAGUCGAAGGUUCGAGGGCACAUGUUGCAAUCGUUGCCACAUGGACUGAAUAUCGAAGGCUUUGAAUACUCAUUGAGGUUUCUAGUCCGCAUCCCGCUGCCCUUCUCCAAGGUUGGAGUCCAGUGUAGUCGCUGGAACGGGAUGCCAGUCAGCACACGGCCUCGAAGUGUCCCACUUAAUCCCCCUUGUCAACCUGAGUCAAAUUCAUUUUCACUGAAGACAUUCAUUUAUUCUGCGGCGCUCAUAUCUGUUCACUUCCGACGGAACGGCCUGACUUGGUAUUCGUUAAUCGCGAAGGAUUUCUUCUUUCCUUGACAAAUAGUCGUUUACCUGGGUCUCCAAACAUUCUGGUUCUUUUACACUUCGUAUCAAAGAAUUCGCUUUGCCACCCUAUAUGCGUGCAACCUGUUAGAACUUAGGAUUGGACCGGUCACAGUUUCAGUUUCAAAAUAUAAUCGAACAGUCGCCUUCCAGCACAUGCUCUAUUGCACUGGGCUAGCGAUAGGCAUUUCAAUUACUUAUAGCGAAGUUCCAUGUGGCUAUAGAUUUGGCAAGGAUACACCCCGCGAGACAUGCUGUUUUUCUUAUGUUGGCUCGCUUCCUGCAGCACCGGGAAAAAGACGCGCAUUCCAAGCUCUCGUUCUUUGGCUUGUACUUGUGCGGAUGAUUCCUCCAGGCUGUCGGCGUCCUUUUGGAAAGGCGUCCAGCUCGCGGUAGUCACUCCCGUAGCCGUAUUAGAAAUAGAUUAUUUAUGGCGCCCGUCGAAGCAUUACUUUAUCCUCGUAGCGAUGAGGACUUGAGUGUACGCCGUUGCACCCGUAUAAUCGCCAAAGCGUUGUGUCCGGCUCUAGCUGGUUGUUGCGUCUCCGUUGAACCUUCCGAUUUCAUUCCUUGCACAGUCUUCUCGAGCUCAUCCAAUUUUUUCUACUGCCCUCUGCACUGACCCGAGGCGGAAGCCGGCAUGUUGUUGCCAUCGAAAACGGAUGUUUUGGCCUCCAGACGCGACGCCCUUGCUGGGGGCUGUCGAGGCCUGGCGCGUGCGCAGAGCGAGUGCAGGCGGCCGACCCCGGCCGGCGCAUUUAUUGCCAACCCUCCUGAACGCGCACUUGGGAGCUGGGCCCUCUCGUUGUUGCCAAAGGGACGUUUUAUACGCAGCUCGGCCGAGACCCCGACGCGUCGUACACAGACGCCGUGGACACUGAGAAAGGCUGCCAGCCCUGCUCCGGCUUUUCGGGUGCACAGUCAAGGAGCACAUUUGUUCUCAUGAGUCACGUGAUGCCUUGGCACAUCCCCUCACUCUCCCUCACGCAUCGUUCAUGACCCCGUUUCUCUUCCUUGCGUAGGACACAACUAUAUCAACGCAUAUAUAUUUAAUUAUCCUCUCUCUAUCUCUAGAUAUAUAUAUAUACAUAUAUAUACACACACAUACACGCAUAUAUUGAGCGGAAAAGGACGAAGAUGAUCAAGUUGAUGACAUCUUCAUACUCUGUAGUUUGCCACCUGCAGCGUGGAAACGUCUCGCUGCCAUAGUCCCACUGCUGAGUGAUGUCUACGCGCAUGUUUGCAGAAGAUAUUUUCCAGACCAUUCGACGUUUCCAAGAGUAAAACGCAACAAUAUAGCUAAAAUAAAAAUCCAAGCAAAAAAAAAAAAAAAAAGACUACGUGGUUCGGAUUUACGCGUGGUGACAGAAACGGAAUUAAGUUUUUAUUUUUCCCGCUCUAAGCUCCCGAUAUUCUGAGAACCUUGGGCUCUAGAUACUUAUCCCGAGGGAUUAGCGGUAAAAAGUAAAAGGGACUCUAAGAUGUGUUUCACGUCUUGGGCAUAUAGCGGCGAUGCCGGCAAGCGUAGGUCGAAUAGUUUCUUAGACGGACGUGCGGUGAAUAGAAGGCAAGAUUCUGCGGCGUUUGCCAUAAUGCGCUUCGGAGUGCCCGGUGGGCUCGUUGACUUGACAUAUGUGCGAUCAGAAACACGAAGAAACAAGAUAUUUCGCUGGUUCAGUUAACGUUUCCAUGCGCUGCUCAACGUUUCCGUUGAGAAUGAACGCCAAUGAAAAGCGCCCACCUCCGAGCCAACUCGCCACCGGAAAAGAAAACGCCGGAAUCCAGGCAGUUUAGCUCGAACACUAUAAUAUUUUUAACUUUUAGGUCACGUCCGUUUACGUAUCUUUCUUGUUGACGGACACGGUGUUACGAUAAUUUGGGGUCACGAUUUGACUCUCAUCGUCCUCAUUCAUCGACGCGUCGACUCAGCCAGCAACUCUGACAUUCCUUUCUUUGCUUGUCGCAGCCAUUCGUGAACUCGCUAUGGCUUCUCUUCACGCUACUAUGUGUUAGCACUUUUAUAGCAUAGGAACCAUUUGAGCUUGAACAGACCGAAGGAUGCUGGGCCGAUCGCGGCCUCAAAUACACAUUUCUUGCAUCAGAGACGCCAGUUAUUGCAGUUGCCCUAGAGCAGACCUUGAGGAGUUCUCACGUCGCGCGUUCUCUUCUUCAAUGGACAGAGCACCGCCAAUAUUCAAAAUUGCUUCGAUGGGGAUAUAUUUACAAAGAGAAGUUUACACAUGGGUGCCCAGAUUCGGGCCUUCAGUUGACCCGCUUUCGCCAUAUUCUCCCAUUCACUGACGCGUCGACUGGGUCGACCCUUUCUGGGUCAUUUUGUGCCAAGGCGUUUCUCCAUUCCUCACUUUUCUUUGUACUAAUAUCGCAACGGUAGUUGGAUUCGAGAGCAGAUUUCCUGAGGCUGCUACAGUUCGGGCGGUUGCAACAUUUUUACCCUCAACAAGUUUACUGCGAAAACCCUAACGCCGAAUUCGUUGUAUAGCAGGUUGUUCGGCGGUAACUUUUGCGGUCUCGCUCUAAAUUUAAUUUAUUGCGGGCAUCCUUGCCAGCUCCCAGAGUGUCUCAGAGAUAAAGCACUCUUUUGAGCCCUUCUAUAUAUUCAUUGACGCUCGAUCUGCUUUCCUCCACUGUAGCUUGUACAUAUAUACACGCAGGCACGUUUUUUCUUGCAUUCGAGGUCGCCUAUUUAUUUUAACCUAAUUUAUAUGCGAUAAGCGCGAAACGUUAGUUUCAAUAUCUAGUCCUUUUCUAUCUUACUUGUUACGGUAGUUGCAUUUCACAAUUUAUGCGUUGGUCCGGCUUACUCCUGUUGCGUUUGAAAGGCAGCGCUUGUGUAUAUAUAGGAGAUGGUUUUAUAAAUCACGCGUGUAAAACCACGUUCUGCACGAAACGAGAAUUUAACCUCUACGUGAUGGGACUCACCAAGAGAUGUGAAUAAGAAUGAAAAAGGCAGCGUAGCAGAUCUUUUUGCUUAUUUAUUAUGCGAACAUUAUUGCAACUACGCACAAAACACAUAUUAACUUUGCUACCGAACACCUCAUUCACAAACUAAUUAGACAUGUUUAUAGGGAGCGACAGCGUUUCCAACCUACUUUCACGUGAUUAUGCUUUGACCGUUUUCUGCGUUUUUCUGCCACACCAAACGACCGUGGCACGUGGCCGCCAAAGCAUGGAGCCCGGAAGCAGUUGGGGAAGAAAACAGAAAACUCAAUUCACCAACAAUGCAGUUCGUACCAAAAAUUAUUUGAUGUCUACAACAUACUAAGCAUAAAUUAAGAACAAGUACAUUACUCUCUGCCUACUUAAAAGUAACACUGACGCUGCGGUUUCACUCUCGGUUGACCGAGUGGGUGUACGCCACAGUUGUGCGUCAAAGCAGAGUCGACGUAACUUAAGACGACAACUCAGUGCAGCACUCUGAGGGUGUUUUAUGGGAUUAUGAACGUGCUAAGUUUUGGGACAACACUUGGAAGCUUUCAAAGUUUGCUGGUUGCAGCCCAAGUGACCGCGCGCAUUCGGGGUGUAACGUACCCGUUUCUGUAGCUAAAAAGGUUAGCGAAAGUUUUGUGCUCGGGCUAGUGCGCCUGGUCCCCCAGUUGGUUUCGCUGACCGAGGCGCUUGGGCCACGGGCUCUGAAGUGAGAGUCGCGACGCACUCGAGGUUCGUGCCUAGGCGCUUUACUUUUUUGGAAAUAACAGGGAGACACUGCUGCCGAUGAACAUUGUAGACCCGAGCAAAACAGCGGGCUGCAGAAGCCGACUGACUCAUGAGUUACACGUGCCAUAUCAUCGUUGACUAGCCCCUGUGUACAUUUAGUUUUCACUCACAUCACCUAGUGCAUAGCCUCGCUUGGCAGAGCAACACCUGCACGCAGCUUUCCUGAAAGCGGCCGUGAAAUGACGGCCGUGAAGGAACCAAGACCGAAGCGCGUUGCAUGCUAGGCAGCGCCGAAGAAAAAAUGCCAAUAGCUUGUUACCACGCACUGUUCAUCAGUCCACCUGUAAGAUACACCUGGUGAGGAGCGUAGAAUUUUGCUACCAAGCCCGCCUCACCCGAACGGUGGUUUAUUUCUGCUCGUGCCAGGACCUCUGGGUGACCUGUGCCAGGCUUGAACGAAGGAAAUACUGCAAGCGAUGCCUUCUUUUCAUUGAAAAUGCACACUCUAUUUUUCAUGCAUAUCAAGCUUAAACGCAUGCUGCAGCAUAAGCCACUUCGCUAGCCUCAUCCCGUAGAACCCGCCGGGAGUUGUUGAAAUGUGCCCUGGUCCUCCGUUACCCUCGUGGACGCGGCGGCAGGGAGGCGGGCCACGUUGGCCUCCGGAGGCCAACAUCAGGCUCCAUGCAUUUAUCUUUCCUAUUCGGUCGAGAUGAGCCCGCGCGGGACAGUCGUCUAUUCAAGUAUUAGAGCUCACACAGCCAGGAACGACCUGCACACUUUCCGACAUCAGCAUUAUUUUACGCAGAAUUUGCUUUCUCAACAACAAAUUUGCUUCACUUUACACUGUAAACGGCGACAAAACGACAACGACGCCGCCAAAAACACACCCGUGAAAAAAAAAAUAUUCUUCUUUCAUAUGAUUGCAUUGAACUUGUAUUCAACAAUGUUUACCUUCUGACAAAUAAAGACUGAAAUGUAUAAAA